CUUGCCAUUAUCGCUUGUGGUAUUUUACAUUCUGAUCCUCGAUUCGCACUAUGUAACGUUUCUUCAUUGCCUCGGGCUUUCCUCCUCGGAGUGAACCUGAGCUCGCUCGCUCAAAAAUCUUUCGAUCAGGACUCCGACAGAUCGCGAGAGAGAUAGAGAGGAUGCACACAUUUGGGUACAGAGCGAACGCUCUGUUGACUCUGGGAGUCACAAUCUUGGCAUUGAUGUGUGCCAUGGCUUCUUUCUCUGACAAUUUCAACCUUCCCUCUCCUUCGGCCCAAGUUCAGGUCCUCAAUGUGAAUUGGUUUCAGAAGCAACGUAAUGGGAACGAUGAGGUUAGCUUGACGUUGAACAUCUCAGCUGACUUGCAGUCGGCAUUUACGUGGAACACAAAACAGGUAUUUGUCUUCCUAGCAGCUGAGUAUGAAACAACUCAAAAUGCUCUAAAUCAGAUCUCACUUUGGGAUGCAAUCAUACCAUCUAAAGAACAUGCGAAGUUCUCUAUUCACACAACCAACAAGUACCGACUUACAGAUCAGGGAAGCAAUUUACGGGGCAAAGAAUUCAACUUGACAUUGCAUUGGCACGUCAUGCCCAAGACCGGCAAGAUGUUUGCUGACAAUAUAGUCAUGACAGGAUAUCACCUGCCCGAGGAUUACAGAUAACGUCUCUGAGCCUCUAAUCGUGUGUUUUAGUGUUACCAUAGCCUCUUCUACUCAGAGGUAUACAAAAAGAGGAUGUCUUGGUUUUUGGUUCUUGGUGAAGAGUCGAGACUUGCAAUUGAUUGGAUUUCCAUGGACAGAUUUGUUUUUCCUGCAUGACAAUUCAAUUGAGAGAUCAAAGAAUUGAGUCAUACAAUUUUUGAAGCAGCGUGGUCAAUCAAUGCAGCAAAGAAUUUUUAUGACAA